UGGUAAGAACACGUUUAAUUGUUACGAAUUAACAGCAUAUUAGCGCAUGUGAGAAGAUUACAACGACAAUAAAACUAUAGUUUCACUUUCACCAACCAGCUAAAAUAUCACCAACACGAUUUAUUUUAAACUGUUUUUUCAUACUGUAUUAUUAUACUUUUGGCAAUCUUAUAAAUUUAUCGUAUUGUUCUUUAUUAUCACCAUUAUAACACCGUGCUGUAUCAUGAAAACUAUUAUUGUUUGAAAUAUAAUUUUCUAACAGUUUCAACUUUUAACAUAUAUACAUGGACAGAUUUACAGAAAAAAAAAAGGUCAGUUGACACCAGUUAAAUAUAUAAACUGGUUUUUCAUAUUGUAUUAUUAUCACCAUUAUAACAUCGUGCUAUAUCAUGAAAACUAUUAUUGUUUGAAAUAUAAUUUUCUAAUAGUUUCAAGUUUUAACAUAUAUAUACAUGGGCGGAUCCACAGAAAGAAAAGAAGGAUCAACUGACACCAGUUAAAUAUAAAAAAUCGGUAGGCUAAUUUUCGUAAGGUGUUUGAGCUCACUUGGUAAUUCUCUUAAUUUGAACCCACUAACCCGAGUUCAAAUCCUUUGCUUGCAUACUUAUUUAUUUGUUAUAGUUUGGGUUUUUUGGAUCUAAAAUACAAAAUUAUGAUCCCAGUGAAAUCUUUUUCUAUGUCCACCCAUGCAUAUGUAUAUAUAUAUGUGUGUGUGUGUGUGAUAUUUAAAUAUAUAUAUGUGCAUGAGUGUGUUUGAAUCUGUAACCAAAAAACAAUCCAUGUACAUCUUCAACUACAUGGCAAACAAGGGCAAGAAGAACCACAAGAUGAUGACAGGAGAAGAACUAUAUCAAUUUGGUUAUGCUCAAACCGAACCAGAAGUCAUAACUGUAAGAUCUCUCGUUGUCCCGACAUGGACUUGAUUGGCCUUUCACUUUUCAUUUCCUUUCAUUUUUGUUGUUCUUACUUAUUCCUACGCGUUACCGUAAAAUCAUUUUGGGUUCCAUAAUGAACAGUUGUCAAUAGUGAAAUAUUCUCCUGAUGUUAUGUCCUUUUCAACUAAAAUGUAGAACAUGCACCUUUUCCCUUAAACUGCUUCAGUGUUUUCAAAAGUCGUAGUUCUAUUUCUAUGUAUUUAUGUAUUCUCUUGGUCAAAGUUUCUGGAGUGCAUUACAUUUUUGCUGACCAAUAGUUGAACUAGUUUUUCUUUGAAAAUAAGUAACUUUUUUUUUUUGGUAAAAUUGAAAGUAAGUAACUUCUUAAAUGUUUGUAUAAGGUUGGUUUUUGAUGGGGCUGGUCUUGUAAGUAUGGUAAAGGAACUCUUGCCAGGCCAUGCGUUUUUGGUUCAGGGAUUUGCGUUAGGUUCUGGAUGUAUUAUCAUUCCCCUAUAUUUAUAAGAUCAUGCAGUUGUCCAAAAAAUGUUGAAAGGUUCUUUAACGUAAUGUUUAUUAGAGUAUUGGGUUGUGUGUGUUUCUUUCUUGCUCUGUAAUAAGUUGCUUUUAUCAACAUUGUAAAUUAUUUCAGAAAUGGUAAUCUUAACAUCUUACCCAAAAAAUGUUUGUAGUAAAAAGAUUUUAGAUUUUUUUUUUUUUUUGAUUUUAGAUAAAUCAUCUUAAAAGCAAUUUUUAACAUAGUGGCUAUUUUUUAAGCCGACAUAAGUAAAAGUUCACACUUCAUGCAGUAAAAGGGAAUUGUAAAAUUACUAUUAUUCAUGUUUUCAAGUUACUAUCGACACUAUAGUAAAUGUGAAAGGGAAUUGUAGACUUCGCUGUCAAAUACUAUCAUACUAUAUAAAAUACGAAACAGUAAAUCAAGCAGUAGAAGUAGCUGAACGAAGCAGGCCUACACUACACAAGACUACAUAACACAUUACAAAGCUUUUACGUAUAAAAUGUCAGCUUUCUCCGCUUCCUGUAUUUUCGUUUAAUCAUCACUGCCUUUUGUCUCCCCUCUUAAUCUUUUUUUCCUUCCUUUUUUACAUAUCAUAGUACAAUUAUUUGUUAAUUUAGUUUUCCUCUACAGUCUAUAUCCUGUAAAACAAUAAAAUUAGCCAUAUAAACUGUACAAUAAUACAAAAAUUAAAGAAGCACAGUGAUUUUACAAAAAUUACAAGGACCACGCGAGGCCUCUAAAGAUAAAAUCACACGGCAAAGAUUUUGCUUUCACAAUUAUGAUAUUGAUAUUGACUCCACUUCCGAUUUGACUCCAUAUACGUGUCUCAUAAUUUAACUCGUUUGAUUAUUUCUUAAAAUAUCGAAUUGUGAAGUAAAAGCCUCGAACAUGUGAGCACGCCUUAGAAUUAAAUGCCAGACGUAUUAACUCCACCUUUUGAUCUAAACUAUAUGUAUUUACUCAUAUUUAUGAGUGUAAAGCAAAAAGUAGAACUCGAAUUAAUUAUUUAGGUUUUACAUUGUGAUUACAAAAAGCAAAAAAAAACUGCGUCAGUUCUGUAAAAUUUUAUUGAAUUAUAGACUCAUUUCAAGGAAUCGUAAUUUUCAUUGAAUACUACUGACGUUCUGAAAAUUAAAAUGUUUAAAAUAGAAUUUUUGUUACCAUUUCGUUAAGUUUUCUUCAUUUUCUUUUAGUAAUAUUAUCACAAAAAUGCACCAAUAAAAUACUAAUACAUCCGUACCAUUAAAAGAACUUUGAUAAGAGUGGCCAGGACGGCUGUGAUUUUCAUUUCGAUUCUCUUCUUUAGUAUCCUUUCUCUUUUCCGAUAAUACUAACAUUAUAGUAUAUACUACUAUUAGUAUUUUUUAGUUAAUUAACUACACCCAUAUAUUUCAAAUUUUAUAAGGAAGCGAAUGAAUUCCUAUCAGAGUAUUUUUAUUAGCUAUUUCUAGCCGACAAAAAAAAUAUAUUAGCUAUUUCUAAUGCGAGGUUGAUAUUAUUCCUUGAUGUUAAAUUGUUAUAAAAGUUUAUUGGAGUGAAGUAUUAAAAACAUUUUCUAUGUAUGUGGCAGAAAAUAUCUUGACUUUGUUGAAAAAUUAUUUGCAUGACACACCAAAUCUUUAGCUUUUAAAUUCCCACACAAUCCAUAUGAAUCACAUUUUACUACAUGCUAACGAUUUUUCAAAAAAAACAUUGGUUCUGGUUAGUAUCACUCCCAAAUCAUUAUAAUAACAACAUAUAUUAGAGUUUUUUUUAAGUUUCUUUUAAGUUCGAAAAAACAACAUAUAUUAGGACUAAAAUGUUUAACAAACGAAUUCAUUUUGUUGUCUAACACAAAGUUAGCAGAUAUCAUUACAGUAUAAUUUUAUCAUAAUAGUUUACAAAAAAAAAAAAAAUUAUCAUAAUGCCUGUAUCUAAAGGACGUUUUUUAAAAACAUUAAUACGUUUUAAAAAUGGUGAUUUUCAACACAAUUUUGGAAAUAACAAAGUUGCAGCAAUAUCAAAGAAUUACUCCAUCAUUCCGUGGUUUCAUCAGUAAAAGUUAAUGACUUGCCUUUGACCUAAAGACAACAUAAUCAAUGCUAAUACAAACUUUUUUAAAAUAAUUAAUCCAACAUUAACAGGCCAAUAAAAGUAAAUUAAUUUUUUUGAAAAAUAAUUAAAGUAUCAAUGAUGUACCAAGUGACCGUCUAUUUAAACACUCUUUCCAUGCAUCCCAUUUCAUAUAUCUUCAUAGUUCUCAACACUUCUAUUUACUCUCUCUCUCUCACACACACACACUUUCUCUCUUCUUUCAUUACUCAAGCCUGAGAUGUCUCCAGAACCUUACGUUCUGUUCUUUGACUCUCUCAACCUGGUCACCUUCGAAACCUUUGCUUGGCUUUCUCUCUUCAUAGCCACAGUUGCUUUCUUUCUCUCACCAGGUGGCCUCGCAUGGGCCUGCACCAAGUCUCGGGUUUCGAUUCCUGGUCCAUCUGGUUCUCUUGCCGUCUUCUCACGCUCCAACCCUCACCGCGUUCUCGCAGCGCUUGCCCAACGCUUUAAGGCCUCUCACUUGAUGGCGUUCUCCGUUGGUUUUUCACGUUUUGUCAUCUCCAGCGAACCGGACACCGCUAAAGAGAUUCUAAACAGCUCUGCUUUUGCUGACCGGCCGGUUAAGGAGUCAGCUUACGAGCUUCUCUUCCACCGCGCCAUGGGGUUCGCACCGUAUGGUGAGUACUGGAGGAACCUGAGGAGAAUCGCUUCAACGCAUCUUUUCAGUCCGAGAAGAAUCGCGGGGUUCGAAGGUGUUAGGGUUGGAAUCGGUAUGAAGAUGGUGAAGAAGAUCAAGAGUGUUGCUAUGUCUUCAGCUGGUGGUGAAGUUGAAGUGAAGAAGGUGAUUCACUUUGGUUCAUUGAAUAAUGUAAUGACGACUGUUUUUGGUGAAAGCUACGACUUUGAUGAAGUUAAUGGUGAUGGGUGUUUUCUGGAGAGGCUGGUGAGUGAAGGUUAUGAGUUGCUUGGGAUAUUUAACUGGAGUGAUCACUUUGGUGUUCUUCGGUGGUUUGACUUCCAAGGAGUGAGGAAGCGGUGUAGAGCUUUGGUCUCCGAAGUCAACACUUUUGUCGGCAGCAUAAUUGAGAAGCACAAGAUGAAGGCGAGAAACAAUCUCACAGGAGAGGAAAAUGACUUCGUUGAUGUCUUGCUUGGCUUGCAAAAGGAUGAAAAGUUGUCUGAUUCCGACAUGAUUGCUGUUCUUUGGGAAAUGAUAUUUAGAGGGACAGAUACAGUUGCGAUUCUAGUGGAGUGGGUACUUGCAAGAAUGGUAUUGCAUCAAGACAUUCAAGCUAAACUGUUCAAAGAGAUAGCUUCCGUUACAAGUAACAACACUAGAUCCUUGUCUGAUUCUGACAUCUCAAAACUGCCGUACCUUCAAGCUAUUGUCAAAGAAACCCUGAGGCUCCACCCACCUGGCCCCCUCCUCUCGUGGGCUCGUCUCGCUAUCCACGAUGUCAACGUAGGUCCCAACCUUAUCCCUGCAGGAACCAUAGCUAUGGUCAACAUGUGGUCCAUCACACAUGACGCCAAAAUCUGGACCGACCCUGAAGUGUUUAAGCCUGAGAGGUUUACUGAAGGUGAGGAUGUAAGCAUCAUGGGUUCGGAUCUUAGGUUGGCUCCAUUCGGAGCAGGUCGUCGGGUUUGCCCUGGCAAAGCAAUGGGUCUAGCCACUAUUCAUCUUUGGGUUGCUCAGAUGAUUCAGAAUUUCGAAUGGGUUAAGGGUUCUUGUGAUGUGGAUCUCACUGAGGUUCUCAAGCUGUCUAUGGAGAUGAAGAAGCCGCUGAAGUGCAAGGCUGUUCCAAGGAAUGUUUGUUUUGGUUGAUGGAUCCGAUUAUCUGUUGUAUCGGGUCGGGUACUUGUUUUAAUAACUACUACGGGUAGUCUCUUUUAAUAAUUAAUAAUUAUGGUUUGCGUCGGAACUCGGAAGUUAGGGUUUUGGCACGUUUUGUGUUUGCUUCAAGUAACGUAGCGUAUCUCGUUAUCGGCUUUGGUUUAGUGGCUAUAUAUUCAAUAAUAUCAUAUCUAUAAAAUUGAUUAGUCAAGUUUAUGCAAUAUGAAUUGUUGUACUAUUUUUCUAGCAAAGAUCACGUACAAUUAUAUUUUAUUUUCCCCACUCGUACAAUUAAUCAGUUAUGAAAACCCGGAUGUCAUCUUAUCCCAUAUGCAACGAGUUGAUUAAGCUAUUGAAAUAUCUCAACUAGCAUAUUCAUCAACAUUGAAUUUGGCUAAUCGGAGGUAAUCCGAGAGAAUAUGUAAAUGUAAAUUUUCUUUUCCUGGUCUUGUACAGUACUAGUUAUGUAGCUAUUAGGUCAGAGUUUAAUGAGAACAUUAAAAUAUACUGAUAAUAUCCGACAUAAUAUGAGUCAUAUGAAAAGGUUGAGUUUUGCUAGAAAGGAAACCGAGUAAUUAAAUGAUCAUUGAUGAAAAUUAUCAGUUGGAUCAUGUGUUAGCAUCUCGAUCAAGAUGAUCCAGAUUUCGAACAUGUGAGUAAAUCAUUGGAUAUUAGGCUAUUUAACUCACUAUAAUAUGAUUGUAGAUCAAUGAGCAACUGAUUUUCUCUUCUUACACAUGCUGAUCCAUCAUUACGACAUGAUCAAAAAUUCCAACUAGAAAAGCGGGAAAAAAAAGCUAAGGAAAUACACCAUAAAUCUAUUGUAAAUUUGUUAAACUUUUUUUUUUGGAACGCAAGUUUAAUGUUUGCUUUCUUAAAAAAAUAUUAUUUUUCGACGACUAAAUUGUGAAAUAUAUAAAAAAUAAAAUAUAUUAGAAAUAACCCAAAAAAAUUGUAAGGCUUGAAUUAUUUUUUCCGUUCGAAGCUGUAGUUGCGUGUAGGAUACUGAAAUUCCAGAUUUUCAUUUUAUAUAGAAAAUAUCCAAAUAACAUUUAAAUAUGUAACUGAGAAAAAAAUAAAUAACAACUGUGAUCUCUCAAAAAUAAUAUUCCAUUCGUUUUUCAAUAUAAGAUGUUUUGCUUGAAUACACAAAAAUUAAGAAAUUUACUUUUUAAAAAAUAAUAUUAUUAAAUUUAUAUAAAUUAAACAUAAGUUAACCGAUCGUAAAUAAUGUGAUAAAAUAUAAUUGGUUUACCGAUUUUUAAUAAAACUAAAAUACAGUAAAAAUAUCAAAACAUCUUAUAUUUUAAAAUAUCAAAAAAUUUCCAGAACAUCUUAUAUUGUGAAACGAAGGAAGUAUUAUUUUAUCUUACCUUUGAAUUCGUAUUUUUUCACAUCUGAUACAUCAAACGAUUAAUUAGAUUAUCUACAAUAAUUUCAAAAUUCAACAUUCACAUUCUCAUUUUUAACACUCUACAUCAUAUUUUUUUUUCCUAUCCAUUAUAUCAUUUAAUACACAUUUAACUUUUAUACACUACGGUAGUAACACAUUUAACUUUCAACAUCUCUAUUGUAACCAGUCUUAGAUGUUAGGUCUCAGUCACGUAUAACCCCUUAACUUUUCUUCAACAUUGUUGUUUCUGUUGAUCUUGUGAAUUGUCACAUUAUUAACAAUAUAUUCAAAGGUACAAAACAGUAAACUUAAAAUAUGCUAAAAUGACGUAGAAAACCAACGAAACAGAAAUUUAACAAUCAUAAUUCGACAUAUUCUUUUACCAAAAAUAAUAAUUUCGACAUAAUCCUCUCCUUGUUUUUUUUCCGAAGAAUAUUGUUUGUCCGAUAGGAACACCAUUUAAAGUUUGCACUUAAGUUAAUACUUAUCAGCAUACAAUGUUUAAUGUAUAUAUGGAUUAGACCGAAUUUAAUUUUAUUAAUAUAUACUUCAAGAUCGUAUCCUCAACGUCCUCUUUUUCGUUCAUGAAUCUUCCAUCGCUUAUUAACUAUUCAUAUUCAUUAACAAAAAAUUCGUUAAUGUGAAGGACCCCUAAUUAAAAUAUACUCGAAGAAUAAGAGUAUAUAUGGGGAAACCCCAUCAGUAAAAUACGAGGAUGAUGUUUUGGCCGUAUUGUUGUACGUAUCUCGUUUUCCUACUUGUUUAUAUACAACAGACAUAAUUAUGUGCAUAAUUAAUAUGCUAAUAUAGCAUACUGUGUUUGGUUUUAUAUGAUAAAUUCGUUUUAUGUUUUGUAAACAUAUUUGAAUAAGUCCAGAAAAUGGUAAUUCAUCCAUUGUGUCAGUGUUUGGAUAUCUUUUCGUCUACGUCUACGUAAUUAGUAGUUCGUCUACGUAAUCACAUCAUAUAUAAAGCUAAAAUAUCUAGAUCAGAUAUCAUAGUGAUAUAGAUAAAUGAAUUUGGAAUGUUAGGAGCGGUGGCAUAUCUUUAGUAUCUUUCAAAUCAUUGAAAGAUUGAAGUUUAAGACUAUUAGUUAGCCUUCAACUAAGGAGUAAUAGGCCUUAUAAUACACGAGGGUAGCUAGGGUUUUAUGCUGGAAAAGAAAAAGACGUUUACCUUUAUGAUAAAUAAAAGCGAUAUACUGUAAUCAAUUCAACAUGUUUUGACAUGAUAGUUUCAGCUGUAUUGUAUUUCAAUUCGAUAAUAGCGUUGUUUAGGAGCCGCCGAUGGUUCAAAAAAUCUUAUAUUUGGAAAUAAUACUAGUGAAUAUAUAUUUUACGUAAACGGUAGCAUGUUACAACUUGCAUGUAUAAUUAACAGCUGAUAUCGGAGAUGAAAACAUUUUUUAUUGAAAAUGCUAAACAUCUCAGUAACAACAUAUAAAAUAACGAUAUGUAUACUUCUUAAUAUCCAAUAUAUAAAACUUUACACUAGUCCAAAAUAAGUGCAAGUUGCUUUCCUUCCCAUCUCUUUCUUUCUUUAAAAUUUCCAUAUUCCAUUGAAUCGAUUCUUCGACUCCUUCAUUAUAGAUAUGACUGAUUCACCACCAAACCGAGACUGGAACCAAAGAAUCGAUGUUGGACACAGGAAUUGAAAAGGAUAAUUAUGCGGUUGCUAUAUAUAUGCUUUUAGAAGAUUCACUAAUUUAUUAAAUCGUUGGAUGCUCGCUUAAUCAAAAUUUAGGUAAUAUCUAGAAUAUAUUUUUCACAAUUAUGGUUCUCCCCUCAUACACUAACCAUACUUAUUUGGUUUGUUAUGACUAGUCUAUUUGUUAUACACUGGUUGUUUUUUUGAAAUACAUACACUGCUUGCUUUGAAGUCAUCUUUCAGACUUUAACUUAUUUCAAUAUGACCAGAUGUUCAGGAUACACAUUAAUAAUUCAAAUUCUCACCUAGAAAGCAGUCUAAAAUUACCUAAGAGAAUCUGCCAAAAACAAAUCACCCUAUAUAUAAGGGCAUCUGAUAAAUGGUGGAUUUUUUAUAAUGCUUGAAAUUGUAUCCAACUUUCACUGUCCAGUUUUUUAAAUCGUCAUCUAUACCAAUAUCAUGAUAUAACAUAGGAAAAUUCAUGGGCUAUGAAUCAUUAGCCCUCUUGGAUUAUAUUUGCCUCUCAUUGGGCAAGAAAAUUGGAUCCUCUGUCUUAGGGUUGUAGACACUAAUGAGAUCAUUAAUUAUUCAUACUUUUGUUGAUUUUCAAGUGGCUUAAUUAAUGAUUACGAUUCUUUUUGUAAAGCCGAAUUUAGAUGCUUUUGUUAAAGCCAAAUAUUCACUUGCAACAACAAUCGUUUUUAAAUAUUUUAAAAUACAUUAAAGCCCAAAAAGGCUAUGUAUUUUCUGCGCCACUCAUUAAUAGCACUCGCAUGAAUUAAAAAUAAGUGUAUACAAUCUAUACAAGUACAUCGGUCACCACAGUAUGGCCGAGUAUGUAAAUCCUUAAUCGAUCAUUACAAAAUAUGAUAGGAAAUAAGUUUGGCUAAGAUUACUUACUGCGUUUUAGUGUGGAAUAGAUUCAUGCUAUGCAGAUAAGAGUCAUCAUUUUUAUAUAAUACUCACUCCGUUUCGUUAAGUUAGAUGUUUUAGAAAAAAAAUUAUAUCACAACAAUAGAUUUUUCGUAUUUUUAUUUUAAAAAUGUGAUUUUCAAAAAAAUUAAUUGAGUUUAUUGAAUUACUAUUAGUUAAAAAUUAUUAAAAAUUACAGAAAAUGAUACAUUUACUAUAUAAUUUAGUAUGUUUUUUUUAAUAUAUAAGAAAAUACUAAAAAAACUAUCUUUAUGAAACAGAUAGAGUAUAUGAUAGUUUCUUUUGAUUAACAUGGGAUACCAAAUCUAUGAAAAUGCCUAAACUAAUCUAUUACAUAGAGAUGUAGUUUAUACAUAAAUAUUUUUAUGUAUUUAAAUGAGAUCAAAAACCUGAUUAAAUUUUUAUGUAACUAGACAAAUAUAAUAUUAUGGGACUGUUUCAAAUCCGGGUCGUUUAACCGUUCAAAAUCCUCCGACGUUAGUUAAUAGUAUAUGCUAAUAUUUUGUUAACAAAAUGCAUACGAGGAUUUUUAUUUUGAAAGUUAAAGACUAAAGAUAAUAAUAUAUAAAUCCUUGUAAUUAUUAUAAAUUAAUAAAAUCUGAGAUGAGAUUUUAUACUUUAACAAAUGUUUAUUUUGGUCACUAUAGUUUCCUCUGGAAAAAUAUUUAAAUUGCAUAUUUGUAUAAUAUAACUGUGUAUUAGGGACCGGUAGUACAAAAUUGUAUAAAUGAAAACUUUUAAAAAUCAGUAUAAGAAUAUUAUAUUGAUACAUUCAUCUAAUACAAAUUUCAUCUCAAAGAAAUUAUCAUCUAAUUAAUAUUGUAAAUACUUAACCAAAAACAAAAAAUUCUAUCGGAUUGCGAUAUGAUUGUGUAGGGACCGGUAGUAGUACAAAUCUUUAUACUACAAUAGUUAUGUUGGGAAUUUUUUUGGGAUAAAUACCUCAAAUCUUUAGUAUUCAACAACUUUAAAGUGUUUUUGAAAAUUAUAUACGUACUUUUAUAAUUUAAGAAGUUCUGCAUUUUCCAUAUUUCAAUCAAUAUAUUAUUUCCAUAAUUUUAGAAACUUAUGUAAUUUUCUAUGACAUUAACGGGCUCCUUUUUUAAAGGCAGCCUAGUUUAAGAAGCGAUCCAUUUAUAUAUUGACAGUCAAUGGGCUAAUUUAUGUAUGGGUUAGACCCAAUCCAUUUUGCUAUUACUAAAUCGGAAACAAAAUGAAAGAUGCGUUAAAUAGAUAAAUUAUCUCAUAUUGACUUUAUAUAUAUGUAAUUACAUCCUCCUAUAUAUUAAUUGAGAAGUCACUUAAGUGGAUUUUGCUUAUGUGUCAUUCAUAUGUGAAGUUUAGAUUAACAUGAUUGGUUGCUGAUAUUUGAAUUGUAAUUUAUUUAAUUAAAUUUUUUAAAAAUUUAAUUCUAGAAUUACCUAAUCUAAUUAAACAUCUUAAAUAUAUAUGAAUUAACAUAUGAUUGCCCCACUAGAAUAAAUUUUAAAACUUUUCUUGAAUAAUAGCCCUAUAUUUAAAACAUACUAUAACUCUAUAAGUUGAUAGUUGGAGUAAUUGGGCGGUAAAUAUUGGAUAUCACCAAAUUAGGUUUCCAAUGCGUCCAUGAUCAUAUACUAUUCGGUGUUAUUAGUUUUUGAUUUUGGUCUGAAAAUAAUUCAAGCUCUUACCGUAUGUUGUUGUAAAUAUUAUUUUUUCCAUCUAGUCAAAAGAAUCUUAACAGAACGACAUGACAUUAAGUCAUGAAGUCGAUAGUUGAACCCUGUAAAUCAUACUCCCUCUGUUUCAAAAUACUUUUGAUGUUUUAAAUAAAUGCACAAGAAUUAAGACAUAUUUUUUUUCUUAAAAAGUAACAUUAAAAAUAUAAAGUAAAACUAAUUCAGCCAAUCACAAAACCCACUAUAAAACAUCAUUGGUGACAUAGUUUUCUGUAAAACUAAAAUUAAUAUAAAAAUAUUAAAAUAUUUUGAAAUAUUUUACUUAUUAUUAUCUGCAAGAAGGCAUUACAGUUUUUCUCUUUUUCACAGUUCAAUUAGGAAAGUUAUUAUGUAAAAAAGGAGUUACGUGUCCCACAACUUUGGGGAGAUUGUCUGGUCUCUUUACAUGUCAGGGAUGCAAUGUGGUGUUGUGUCCAUGUGCAAACAAUUUUCUACCAUUUGUAACAAUCAUUGUACUUUAUUUUUCCUGUUUCCUUGUAUUUUAAUUUUCAGUUUGGUUUACACUUUGAUUAAUAUAAUAAACGUAAUAGAUCGUAGAAACAUAGUUGGUUAUUCAGUUAUCUAGGAAGAUAUAGUUAAACAGUUAGUGUUAAAAAAAAACUAGUUAAACACUUCAAAUUCACCGGUUUAGUACACCUAUAUCAAAUAUGUUGCUAUAUAUUCCCUCUGUUUUAAUAUAAUGCAUGCAUAUUUUAUACUUUUUCACGCAUAUUAAUAAAACAUCUAAUAAAUACAUAAUUUUUUGUGAUUAUUUUUUUUCAUAAUUUUAAACCAAUAAAAAUCCAAUUAGUACAAUUAAGUUUUUUUUUUAAAAAAAAAUUGUAAUUAAUCAUUAUUAUUUGAUAAAACAUGCAUUGAAAAUACAAAAAAAAAAAUAUUUUAAAACAGUUUUUUCUCUCUAAAAUAUAUAAUUUUAUAAAACGGAAAGAGUACUACUUACUCCGUUUCAAAAAUGUAUAAAAUGUAUGUUUUGCAGUUUUCAAACUUGUAAGAAAACAUCUUAGAUUUUGAUUAUGAGUGUUUUUUUUUGUGAUCAACUAUUUUCCAUAACUUUUAACAAAUCAAAAUUUAAUACACAAUUAAUUUCUUCAAACUUUACAGUUUACCAUUAUUAUCUAAUAAAAAUGCAUUAAAAUAUAAAAAUACAUUUUUUGAAGUAACUGUUUUUUUUUAAUAAUUCAGGCUGAAAAAUCACGCGGAAAGCACUAAAGAAAACUUCUUUUUAGAGGGAUGUGACUUUUUUUUUGGGCAAAAGAGGGAUGUGACUAUGUGAGCGUAAUAGGAGAGAAAGGAUUUUAAUAAUAUCAUCCCACACAGUAUGUAUGUGUAUAACAUUAUGAUAGGAUGGUGACAUUAAAUAUUUCUUUAGCAAAGAUAGAAUUGUGCUGGUACUAGUCACCAUCAAGCUCAGUAGUAAGUGGCUCCUUCGCAUCUGUUCCAAACAUACACCUAUAUGUAUAUACAUAGCUUUGGAGUGUUUUUUUUAAAACACGGACGAAUACGAACGCGUCAUGUAUAUGAAAAAUCAGAAAAGAAGUCUCAUGCAAGGACCUCCGGAAGUUCAAUACUUAGAUCGGCAAUUCGGCAUGUAUGCCUCACGAGCUCUCCUAACUACAGGCUUUUAAUUCAUGUCAAAUAAACAAAUCGUUAAAAAAAAACACAUCGCUGUUAAAGUACAUAUUAACAAAUACAUUGUUAAUUGUUAUUAGUUUUUCAGUAUACAGAUGAUUUGUAUAUAUGUCAAAAUUACAAAAAAAAAUAAAAAAGUAAAACCAAAUGAAUGUAAUUCAACUGACAGAAAGUUUUGUGAACAGAUUGUGAACUUGUAAUCACUAGCUCGAGUGUCAAACACUAGAGAAAUGUGAAACAUAAAGCGUUUCUCAUCAAAUUUACAAUCAGCCGGGAUCAAUAUAAAUAUCUAACUUUAACGAAAAUUUUAAGCAAAUUAUAUAAUUAUGUGUACUUGAUAAAUGUUGUUGUAACCCUAUAUUAGGCCUUGUUAAUGUUAGUACAGAUAGUUCUAUGUACGAUCACGAACUAUCCAUUUAUUUAUUGGUUAAAAGAUUAAUUAUUAUAAACAAGGUUUUGCUUUGAUAAAUAUGGGUAGAUAUUUUUAUAAUGUGGCAUUGAUGGAAGACCAUUAUUGAUCAAUAUAAAAACUGAUGAAAAGACAUGAUGAAAUUUGGUUGAAAAUCAAAUAUAAUGUAGUUUAAGAGGUACUAUAUAAUUGAUCCCAGUUAAUUUUCUGACCCUUAGAUCAUUUCCAAUGAUGUUUUAUUUUUUGUUUCAUUUUUAAGAGGCAUUAAAAUGAAGAAAUGAAGAGUGUCUUAUUUAAAUAUACACGGUUCACAUUUUCAUUUUUUUUUAAAUGAACUUUUUUAAAUUAAAAAUUUCGUUAUUAACUUUUACUUAUUCUUAUAUUUUUCUAAAAUAAUUUAUAUGUGUUAUUAUUACCCAAUUAAUUUUAAAGAUUCAAUCAUUACUUUCAUCUAAUUGCAUGUUUACAUCAAAAAUCAUGGAAAUAUAAUUUCUAAAAAACAGUAGCUCAAUUAGAAUCAAAGAUAAAUAGACUUACUUUUUGGUUCAAAUUACUUUUGUUAAUCAAAUUACUAGGAACCAAUAUUUUUUGCUGAUUCCUUAGAAAAAGAAGCUUUAUGAAUGGUUGAGGCUUUUAUUGCCCUCACCUAACUCUUGUGUUUGAAGUUAAUGAAAGUUGUUAAAAAAUCAUUUAUAUAAAAAAAAAUAUAUGAUGUUCUUUGUUUAUUUGUGUUUUUUGACAUCGUGCUAAAUUAUUGUUAAAACAAAAUAAUUGGGUAAUAGAAGUAAACAUGAAAAAAUAAAAGGUAUUAAUAAUAACUAAUAAUAAAAUAGAAUUAUAAUAUACUUGAAAUAUUACACUUACAAAAAAAACGAAGCAAACCAUUGAAACAAUUGUUACUUCUUCUUUUUUCUUCAUUUUGAAAAAAUGAACUUUUAAGAUAUAAAUGAAACUAAACCAUUAGAGAUGCUCUUAAAAUAUAUAUAACUCUUGAUCUAGUGGUUUACAUAAAUCUUUUUAAAAAUUGAGAAAUCAGACCCAGAAUUCAAAACUAUAUGGGAGAAAUUUUGAAGUGCUUAUUCAAAGUUUACAUGUCGAUCUCUCUAUUCUACAGAUAUUUCUACAAAUAUCGUCAAUCAGAUGGGUGUUCGAACAAGAAUUCGUGACAGACAAACGCAUCAACAACUAAAAGGUGAUUUGGUUGAACAUAUAUGGCGUAAAUUUGGACGUGAUCAAGACAAGAACUAAGCUUCAAUGCUUCUUUGAAAUUAUUAUCGUUUGUUUUAGUAAUAUUUGUUUUUGUGUUUGUACUUUAAAAUCUAUGUUUAAAAUGUUAUGUUUGAUUUUGUUUUAUUUAAUAAAUAAAUUUAAUCUUUGUUUCAAAUUUUAUGUUUAAAAAUAAGUUUGAUAUUUUUUAUUGUUAAGAACAUUAAUUAAAAAACUACCAACAAACCAUUUUAAUUAUGUGUCUUUUACCAAAGUUUCUUAUUUUAAUUUUAAUAGUUUGAAAAUCACUAAGAACCACUUAAGAUGAGAUCAUAGGUUUUACCAGUAAACAUGCUUUAAGGUUAAGUGUUGAUGCGUCAUGCUGUGGGGCUUGCGAUACACCAUCAUAAAAGCAUCUCCAAUGUAUUACUCCAUAUUUUACUCCAAAAUGAAGUAAGGUUUUACUCCAAUGUAUUACUCCAUUUUCUACUCCAAAAAUAAUAUAUUUUAUUAAUAAUUGUGAAUAAUAUCUUAUACUUAUAAAAAUUUACUAAUUAACCCCAACUAUUUUAUGUUUACAAAAAUUCUUUAAAAUAUAAUUUAUUUAAAUUAAACAUUUAUUAAUAAAAGUACAAGAAACCAUAAAAUAAAAGACAAUAUAUAAGUUGGUUUAAUAAUGACAUUAGAAUAUUUUUCUCACAAAUGAUCAACUAAUGCAUUUCGUAAUGAAACAUAAGCUUCUUUAUCUUUGAUAUUCUUAAAUCGAACAAGUUUUUUUUGAAAUCGGACAUUUUCAUCUUCUACAAUUUCGGUAUCUAGAGGUGGAGCUUCUCUUUCAAGUUCAGUUGGUGCAUCGAAUUCACACUCAUCCUCAAUUAUCAUGUUAUGUAAAAUUAUACAUGUAGUCAUGAUGUCAUGUAACACAUUUUUUUCCAAAACCGAACAUGUCCUUUCACAAUAACGAAACACAACUUUAGAUCCUUUUAUGUUAUCUUUAUUUUAUGUUAUUAUUAUUUUUUAAUUAUAGUAUAUAUUUUUAUGUAAAAUUAUUAAAUAAUGGAAUAUCUUGGUAAUUUAUGUUAUUGUAUCAUUUUAAAAUAUUAUUUAAGCAAGAAAUAAAAACAUUAAAGAUUUAAAGGGCUAUUUCACAAAUAAAAAAAGUUCAACACCAAAAUUGAGUAAUGGGUAAGAUUACUCCAUAAAUGGAGUAAUCCUAGCCAUUACUCCAUUUUGGAGUUGAAAAUGGAGUGGGGUUGGAGAAGAUUUUACUCCAAAAUGAUGUUUGAAGUAGAAAAUGGAGUAGGGUUGGAGAUGCCCUAAGGAGCCAAACACUAAAUACAUACUAUAAGACUAAGAGCACCUCUAUCGGUUAGAUUAAAAUGGAGUUUUCAUAAUUAUUUUAUUAAAAGUAAAGAAAAAAUAGAAGAAAGAGUGUGAUACGGUAUGUCUGCAGAAAUAUUUUCGGACCCUUUAAAAAUCUCAACAUUACAAUGUCACGUUUUAAUUCGUUUAGUUUUAAAAGGGAAAAGAAAAUUUUAAUUGGAUAACAAUAUUGUUUUAAAACAUUAACAGAAAAUGGUUGAGAACCUUUAGUAGAUCUUAGCCGACAAGGCUGCUCUAAUAUGUGGUUGGUAACACCUAUUAAGACAUAAAACAUUACUUAAGCUUCGAAUGGUAACACUGGAUCGAGCGGUUAAUUGCAGUGCGGUUAAAACACUAAUAAAAAUAUAUAUAUAUAUAUAGUAUAUGUA